AUGGGCCUAAACUCAACAGUUUCUGCAGCCUGCCGGUCAGGGCAAAACGAAAGACUGUUGGGAGACACAGAAACGGAUGCCUGGCUGGUUAUCCACACCUGCGUCUCAUCAACCUCCAUCUCCAACCGCCACACCUGCCAGCUAUCAGCCUCAUCUCCACCAGUAUUACCCCGGCUCUCCACUCUAUCCUCGCUUGAUCGUCGUAGCUCCAGUCUUGGUCCACUCACCUCUGCCUCCCUGUUCGGCCAGCCAGGCUCGCCUACCUGUCUUCCCCUCUCGCCGCCUCCACGGCGCUCCCCGGUUCUCCCCUCCCUCCUAGCCGGAAACGCCAGCCACCGCAUCCUUCCCGCCUCUGCCUCCUGCCCCCCUCAGCCCUCUCGCCUGAACCUCUCCUGCUCCGCCAGCUCCUCGAUCCCCCGCGCCCACGUCUGCCGGUGCCCAUCGUCCACCCUUUCUCCAGCCCCUACUACUACUAUUUCCCCUUUUUUCCCCUCAAUAAACCUCUGUAGAAACCUGAAGCGUUGCGUCUGGGUCCGUUCUGUCCAUAAUCGUCACACACUGCCUAUCAGCUGGUUUGUUGAUUCUUCAGUGAACUUUCAUCUUGGAGAGAGAAAAGGUGGAGAGGGUGGGGCACAUGGCUUUCAGCCCCAGCUGUUGCUGUUUGCAUUGAGUGGACAGUAA